GAGUGCGGGCGGGCCUAUCCGGCCACCGUAAGCCGGAGGAAGAUGGCGGCCGCGGAGCCGCAGGCUCGCUUCGGUCAGUCGGUGAAAGGUUUAUUGUCGGAGAAAGUGUCCGCCUGCACCACGGAUGUGAUCGCGCUCACUAAGCAGAUCUUGAAGGGCUCCCGCAGCUCCGAGCUCCUGGGUCAGGCAGCUAGAAACAUGGUGAUGCAGGAGGACUCCAUUCUGCACUCUGAGGAUAGCUUGCGUAAAAUGUCAAUCAUAACAACACAUCUGCAAUACCAACAAGAAGCUAUACAGAAAAAUGUUGAACUUUCUACGAACCUUCAGGACCAGCUCAAGCAUCUCUUAAAGUGAACUGGACGAUGACAAGAUAGUUACUCCUCUGAGACAACGUCCAUGGGGGGGGUCGCGGGGGUGAGGGAGAAUGUUGUCACUGCUCAUAAUACAGCAAGGAUCAUAAAUGUUAACAUGCUUUCAUUAAGAGUUCACAAGUGGUAUCCAGAACUGUGCUGUUUAGGUCUGGUGCUGAUAAUGAACACAGCAAUUUUUGUUCCAGAGGAACACCUCGCAGUGAUUGGGUAUUGGCAAAGGUGACCUUGAAAAUAACACUCAUUUGUUGAUCAUUCAUUGUGUUCCUGGGCUAGAUGUUUUGAAGGGAAGAGUUGCUAUUGUCAUGUGGAGGUUCAUUAUUAAAAAGUGUUGUAGUUUUUAGUCACUGUCAAGUUUGCAAUGCAAGUACUGUACUAGAUUCUGUGUUAUCUUGAACAGCUUCAUCCAUUAUCAUUGGUCAGAAUUGUCAGUCCACUGGUCUAACUUCUAUUUGCUCAUCUGGCAUUCUUAGCCUGAGUAAAACUAAAAUGAAUUUGUAGUUGAUUGGAUAUUUUCAGUGUCCCAACAAGAGACACUUGGCUUUGUAUCAAUAUCAUGCUGUUAACACACAUGGUCAAAUCACCAUUGUCAAAUUAUGAGUUUAGCUUAAACGCUUGCAAUAUAAUAUUUAUUGAAAUAAAUUCCGGUGCUACACCUUAGAGAGCGCUUUGAAUAUUUAUUGCAUUUAUUGUGGAUAAAACUCACUGUUGGAUAGUCCCUGAUUGCUGAUUGUAAAGCGUUACACAAACCGUUAGCAGCCGUGCCAUCCCACGCUCUGACCAUGCCAACAACCUGGGUUCAAUUCCUGUCGCUGUCUGUUUGGACUUUGUGCAUUCUCCCAAUGACUGCAAGAGUUUCCUCCGGAUGCUCCGGUUUCCAACAGCAUUCCAAGAUGUACGGGUUAGGGGGUUAAUUGGUCACAUUGUAAUCGGACAACGCAGGCUCACUGGGCCUGAAGAGUCUCCUAUUGUGCUGUAUCUCUUUAAUAAAAACAAAAUGAUGAGGUAGAUUGUGAGAUUGAGAGGCCUUCUUAUCCUGGUAAGGAACGGCAAGAGAGAGGUUGUCCUUGAGCCUGGUGGUAUGUACUUUCAGGUUUUUGUAUGUCGGGAUGGAUGAGAAGAGAUAGUGUCCAGGGUGAGUGGGGCCUUUGAUUAUGUUGGCUGCUUUCCCGAGGAAGCGAGACGUGUAGACAGUGCCCGUGGAGGAGUUUCUGUUUGACUUUCUAUUCAAUUCCUUGAAUUUUAUUCUGCACCAUAUCUCCUGCCUUUUGAAAAUAUUCAGAGUCUUAGAAGUCUGUUACCUCCCUUAUUACUGGAGAUGAUAAGAUAUUGCUCUUUGUAUCACCCUCAAUGGUAAACAGCUUUUUCAUCUUUAGUGUUCUUGAAACUCAAGACUUGAAAUAAAGUUUCUACAUCUAUAUUCUCUGAAAUUUGAUAUUUAAUUCUUAUAUUUUGUUCUAUGUAAAAUGCUUUGAACUGCUUUGUGUUUGAAAAGUGUUAUACAAAUAAACUUGAUUGCUUACACUAUAUCCAAUGAUAAACACUUAAGU